AUGGAAUCCCAAGCGUAUUCCCUUGAAUCUAUACCCGUUCCAUCGGAGUUGUUCACCACGCAUCUUGCUCAGACCAAAUCAUCCUGGAAGAAAGCCAAAGCCAAAGCCAAAGCCAAAGCCAAAGCCAAUGAGUCCACUCAUGCAGGCCAAGGCUCGAAAUUGGGCGGCGAGACCGUGGCAGGGCCAUCCACCAAAACUAUCACCAAACACAAUAGUGAUAGUCAUAAUUUUCAGGAUCUGCAAAUGCAUUUGGCGUUAGAGGUAUUUGGAAAUGAAUCUAAGAUGGAAUACUGA